AUGAAGGGAGUUUAUUUCAUCAUUUUUCUUUGCUUUUUCAAAGUUGCUAUUUCCGAGAAGGAUGUCAAAGAGACUUGCAUAAUUCAAUAUUUAAAAGAACAAGGACGUUUAGAUGAAGAUUUUCCAUCACCCACUAAGGCUGUAGAAUCAUGUGCUAUGAUAAUCCCUUUCAUUCUUCCUAUAAUGAAAGAUAGAUUUGCAACAAAGAUGUCGGAGAUUACUUCUGAAUGUUUUUCAACGCAAUUGAAAACAGAUGGACUUGUGGACUAUCUAAUGAAGGAAGAAAUAUUCGAAAACCUUACCGAGUUCUCUGCUCAAGAAGUCAAAAAGGAACUUGCUGAUACAAGACAAAUGAUCGAAGGUAUUUUAAACUACGCUGCUGAAGUGUGUGAAAGUGAGAUAUCAAAUAAAGUUAUCCAUGAUAAAUAUUUGAUUAUCAAAAAUGAAACCAGAGCCAUUACUAGGUACUGCUUGAGCAAAUUCGUUAUCGAUGCAGGAAUUAUUGACGCUGGUAAUCUUGAUAUAAAUCCAUCAAACAUCGACACAACAAAAAUUGAAUGUGAAUCUGGUUUGAAUGCAGUAAGAAUAAAUGCUGAAAAACUUGUGAAAAAAGAGUACAAAGAACAGAAUAUUCCGCAACGCAGAAUAAAUUGCGCCCUGAGAGAGUACAGAAGAAAUAAAAUGUUUGAAAACUCAAUCGCGAUGGGAGCUUUGCAAAACCUAGAUAUGUCCCCAGAAAUAAAAAAGCGAAAUGAAGAAAAUAUUCAAGCAAAUGUAGAAUCUUUUUCUAGAGGAAUCAUUGGAUGCUUCAUGAGAAAAUAA